CUUCUCCUAGAUCAGUCACCCCCACCACCCCCAAGUCUCCCCCACCCCGGGGCGUGUCACUUCCUCCUCUGCAGCCUCCCAGAUCAGUACACAAAGGCUGCUGCUACUGCUGCUACCGCCGGAGGAAGGAAAGGCUGCUCCGCACGCACCUACCAUGGUGGCUUUGUCAAUGGCCCUUGUUUUCCUGCUGGCCCUGAGCAGAGGUGAGAGUGAGUUGGACGCCAAGACCUCAUCUCCGCCGGAGGCCACAGGAUGGGUGGAUCCUGAUCUGUCCUUGCCAGGGUCCUGCCAGCCAGCUCCCUCCUGCCAGAAGUGCAUCCUCUCACACCCAAGCUGUGCUUGGUGCAAGCAACUGAACUUCACGGCGACGGGGGAGGCGGAGGCGCGGCGCUGCGCCCGGCGAGAGGAGCUGCUGGCCCGGGGCUGCCCGCCGGGGGAGCUGGAGGAGCCCCGCGGUCGGCAGGAGGUGCUGCAGGAUGAGCCGCUCAGCCAGGGCACCCGCGGCGAGGGGGCCACCCAGCUGGCGCCGCAGCGGGUCCGGGUCACACUUCGGCCGGGGGAGCCCCAGAAAAUCCGGGUCCGCUUCCUCCGAGCCGAGGGAUACCCGGUGGAUCUGUACUACCUUAUGGACCUGAGCUACUCCAUGAAGGACGACCUGGAGCGCGUGCGCCAGCUCGGGCACGCGCUGCUGGUGCGGCUGCAGGAGGUCACCCACUCCGUGCGCAUCGGCUUUGGCUCCUUCGUGGACAAAACAGUGCUGCCCUUUGUGAGCACAGUGCCCUCCAAGCUUCGCCACCCCUGCCCCACCCGGCUGGAGCGCUGCCAGCCGCCCUUCAGCUUUCACCAUGUGCUGUCCCUCACCGGGGAUGCUAAAGCCUUCGAGCAGGAGGUGGGCCGUCAGAGUGUGUCUGGCAACCUGGACUUGCCCGAAGGUGGCUUCGAUGCCAUUCUGCAGGCUGCCCUCUGCCAGGAGCAGAUUGGCUGGAGAAAUGUGUCCCGGCUACUGGUGUUCACUUCAGAUGACACAUUCCACACAGCUGGGGAUGGGAAGCUGGGUGGCAUUUUCAUGCCCAGUGAUGGGCACUGCCACUUGGACAGCAAUGGCCUCUAUAGCCGAAGCCCGGAGUUUGACUACCCCUCUGUGGGUCAGGUAGCCCAGGCCCUUUCUGCAGCAAACAUCCAGCCCAUCUUUGCUGUCACCAGUGCCACGCUGCCUGUCUACCAGGAGCUGAGUAAGCUGAUUCCCAAGUCCGCGGUGGGGGAGCUGAGCGAGGACUCCAGCAAUGUGGUACAGCUCAUCAUGGACGCUUAUAAUAGCCUGUCAUCCACUGUGACCCUUGAACACGAACACUCUCUACUUCCUUCUGGGGUCCACAUCUCCUACGAAUCUCAGUGUGGAGGUCCUGAGAAGACAGAGGGUGAGGCAGGUGACCGGGGCCAGUGCAACCAUGUCCGAAUCAACCAGACGGUGAAUUUUUUGGUUACUCUCCAAGCUACCCACUGCCUCCCAGAGCCCCAUCUGCUGAGGUUCCGAGCCCGUGGCUUCUCAGAGGAGCUGACUGUGGAGUUGCACACACUGUGUGAUUGUAAUUGCACCGACACCCAGCUCCAAGCUCCUCACUGCAGUGACAGGGGGCACCUACAAUGUGGGGUGUGCAGCUGUGUCCCCGGCCGCCUGGGUCGACUCUGUGAGUGCUCUGAGGCUGAGCUGUCCUCCCCAGAUCUGGAAUCUGGGUGCCGGGCCCCCAAUGGCACAUGGCCCCUGUGCAGCGGGAGGGGACGGUGCCAGUGUGGACGCUGCACCUGCAGCGGACAGAGCUCUGGGCGUCUGUGCGAGUGUGAUGAUGCCAGCUGUGAGCGACAUGAAGGCAUCCUCUGUGGAGGCUUUGGCCGCUGCCAAUGUGGAGUGUGUCACUGUCAUGCUAACCGCACGGGCAGAGCAUGCGAAUGCAGUGGGGACACGGACGGCUGUGUCAGCCCCGAGGGAGGGCUCUGCAGUGGGCAUGGACGCUGCAAAUGCAACCGCUGCCAGUGCUCGGACGGCUACUACGGCACCCUCUGUGAUCAGUGCUCAGGCUGCAAGACGCCUUGCGAGAGACACAGGGACUGUGCAGAGUGUGGGGCUUUUGGGACUGGUCCCCUGGCCACGAAUUGCAGCAUGGCUUGUGCCCAUGCCAACGUGACUCUGGCUCUGGCCCCUAUCCUGGAUGACGGCUGGUGCAAAGAGAGGACCCAAGACAACCGGCUCUUCUUCUUCUUAGCAGAGGAUGAAGCUGAAGGCAGGGUCGUGUUGAGAGUGAAACCCCCAGAGAAGGGAGCAGACCACACCCAAAUCAUUGUGCUGGGCUGCGUUGGGGGCAUCGUGGCAGUGGGACUGGGGUUGGUCCUGGCGUAUCGACUCUCAGUAGAAAUCUACGACCGCCGAGAAUACAGACGUUUUGAGAAAGAGCGGCAGCAGCUCAGCUGGAAGCAGAACUGAUAAUCGUGUUUUACUUCUACUGGUUGCUACUCUGUGGAGAGGAGGAGUUUAUAUGAUGCUAGAAGUUGUAGGGUGGUUACAGUUGGUGGAAAAAAAGGAAAACCAUUUUGGCCGCAUGAAAACCUUCCCUGCAAGGAUAUUCUUCCCAAGGAGGAGAUAGUAUGUACAAAAGCCCCAUUUUCUUUUUAUUUAAAUAUCCUAAAUAUAUCACGAAGGAACAUACACUGCACUUUAAUGGUAAAAAGAUACAAGUUUAUAACAUCUUAUAAAAACUACCAUUUAAAAGUGAUCUUGUUCAUUUGAUAUCCCCUCCCCCAAUAGCAAAAUAAGUAUAUUAAAAAAAAAAAAAAAGGGUGGAGAGGAAGGGUAGGAGGGGUUGUUAUGAUAAAAGCCCCAGGGCCACACAGAGGCAAAGAACAUCUGGGGAGAGGAUUAAAAGCUGUGGCGGGACUCCGCACCUCAAGUAACCCUCCUAAGUCAAGCCAUGGGGCACAAUCAGUAGCUAAGUGAUGACAAGAGGCUGUUGGGGGGUGGACGGAAAAGACCUGGGGUGCUGGGAAGGGCAGGGCUGUUGGGGCCUGGAACAGCAACCCACCCAGGAACUGGUGCUACUCUUUCCCAGGUCCCCAAAUCCCACGUCCUGGUCUCAGAGAGCCGGCCCUACCUCCCUUUCCCUUCACUCCAAACACACCUGAGGCAUCUUUCCAGUGCUAGACGCCCCCACCCCCACCCCCGCACAGAAGGGGUGGGACACUGGGUCCAGAAGCCUUUGCAGCGGUCUUAGUCUGUGGUUUCCCUGGGGUGUGAGACUCCUGGGCCCUCUGGGUGCUAAAUCACUCCUUUCACAUCUUUGCUCCUCUCCUUACACGUCCAUGGCCCCCGAUCAUCUGCACCUGGACAACUGAGCUAACCAUCGGUCCCAAGUUUCCCCCUCACCCACCCUCAGCAGGGGUGGUUCUGGUAUAGCUCUCUGCACAUACACUUAGAAA